AUGGAAUUCGUGGAUAGAACAUUGGUUCUUCAUGAUGAGUCAAAUAUUCAGAAGUGCCAUCUCACGACGAAUGAGCAUAUGAGUGCAUCUCGGGUUCAUUUAUGGAUCGAGAAUUUAACAAGGCGUAAUAUACAAGAGCUGGAACUCUGGUUAGAUCAAGGCAAGCCUUUUUAUAUUCCCUUAUCUCUUUUUAGAUGUGAAUCAUUGAAUAAGUUGGAGCUAAUUGCAAACAAUGGUACCCGUCUUCCUAGAAGUUUUAUUUUUCCAAAACUCAAGAGCCUUAAACUCAUUGGAAUCCAAUUUACUGAUAAUGAUUGCUGGAAAGAGCAACACUUUUCUAAUUGCCAUGUCCUUGAAGAUUUGAUUUUGGAAGACUGCACUUGGUUUGGUGUGAGUAAUUUUUGUAUCUCAACUCCUACACUGAAACUUUGGGAAAUUUGUAACUUGACGUGGGCGGAAGAGGGUUUACAAAACUGUGCUCUCGAAAUUCAUGCACCAAAUCUAGUGUCACUUACCUAUUGUGGUACUGUGGCAAAGGAAUAUGUUCUUUCCAGCUUCCAAACACUAGAAUCUGCAAAAGUUCACCUUUGUGAUUAUGGCAAUGUACUAAGGAAGCAACAUAUAGGUUAUGCUGCAUCCAUUAUAGAUGACUUCGUAAACAUACUACCAGUGUUUCAUGAUGUGGACGAGUUGAUCCUGAAAGAAGGAAAAAAUACCACUGAUAAAUCGCUAUUUCCAUUUCUCAAAGCAGUACCUAAUUUGAGGUUGCUCGUAUUUGAAGAGAGCUGCAUUGACGACAAUAAAGAAAAGGAACACAGUUGGGCUAGUCAUAUGUUGACUGCUGGAUGCAUGUUUCAACAUCUACAGUCGGUGACCUUUAUGCGUUUUAGCGGGAAUGCGAGGGAGAUGAGAUGGGUGAAACUAAUCUUGAAGAAUGCUAAAGCAUUGAUAACAAUUAGAUUAUAUCUAAGAAGCGAUGAUCUGAUAAAUAUAAAAGUACUCAAGUCAGAUUUUGUAAGUCUUCCUAAAGCCUCCGAGAGAUGUGAGUUUGAGUUUAAAGAGUACUGA